GCAGUGAGGUCAUAAAUGACGUCAGCCUCCCGGAAGUGGCUGACUAGCUACGGUGGCCGGCAGGGAUCAGUGCGGUUGGAGGUUCGCGGAAGAGGCGGCGGCAGCAGCCCGGCGCUAGCCCCGCUCCCCGGCGCGGCGCGGCGCGGCGCGACCAUGUCGCUGCUGCAGUCUGCCUUGGACUUUCUGACGGGGCCCGGCUCCCUGGGCGCCGCCAGCCGCGACCAGAACGACUUCGUGGGGCAGACGGUGGAGCUGGGGGACAUGAAGCUGCGGAUCAAGCGAGUCAUCGCCGAGGGUGGGUUUGCUUUUGUUUAUGAAGCUCAAGAUCUUGGGAGCGGCAAAGAUUAUGCUUUGAAGAGAUUGUUGUCCAAUGAAGAAGAAAAGAACAAAGCCAUCAUCCAAGAAGUUUGUUUUAUGAAAAAGCUUUCAGGUCAUCCCAACGUUGUCCAGUUCUGUUCUGCUGCAUCUAUAGGAAAAGAAGAAUCGGAUACUGGGCAGGCUGAAUUUCUUCUGCUCACUGAGCUAUGUAAAGGGCAGCUGGUAGACUUCUUAAAGAAAGCAGAAUGCAAAGGGCUUAUUUCAUGUGAUACUGUUCUGAAGAUAUUUUAUCAGACCUGCAGAGCAGUGCAGCAUAUGCAUAAACAGAAACCUCCUAUUAUUCAUAGGGAUUUAAAGGUGGAAAACUUGCUGAUUAGUAACCAAGGAACAAUUAAGCUGUGUGACUUUGGCAGUGCUACAACAGUAGCAUAUUAUCCUGACUACAGCUGGUCUGCACAAAAGAGAGCAGUAGUUGAAGAAGAGAUUACGAGGAACACAACCCCGAUGUACAGGACUCCAGAAAUGAUCGACUUGUAUUCAAACUUUCCAAUUGGUGAAAAACAGGAUAUAUGGGCCUUGGGCUGUAUCCUAUACUUGUUGUGCUUUAGGCAGCAUCCAUUUGAAGACGGAGCCAAGCUUCGCAUAGUCAAUGGAAAAUACUCCAUUCCUCAGACUGAUACUCGAUACACUGUGUUCCAUGAUCUCAUUUGUUCAGCUUUGAAGGUAAAUCCAGAGGAGAGGUUGUCAAUCACUGAGCUGGUGAAUCAAUUGCAGGAAAUAGCAGCUGCUAGGAAUGUAAAUCCAAAAUCUCCAAUUACAGAGCUCUUAGAGCAAAAUGGAGGCUAUGGAAACAAUGCUCAACCUCGACUGUCUACAAACUCAGUGUUGCAGAACUCUAAACCUGCAGGACAACUCAAUAAUGUGUACAAUGCAGGCCUGACAGUUGCAGAAUGUGACCAGUCAUAUGGAGGAUUCUUUGAUAUUCUUAAGGGUGGAACGGAAAGAUUUUUCACUAAUAUCAAGGAUACUUCUUCUAAAGUCAUCCAAUCUGUGGCCAAUUAUGCAAAGGGAGAUUUGGAUAUAUCGUUUAUCACUUCCAGAAUUGCUGUGAUGUCCUUUCCAGCAGAAGGUGUAGAAUCUGCCAUCAAAAAUAACAUAGAAGAUGUGCGAUUAUUUUUAGACUCUAAACACCCUGGACACUAUGCUGUUUACAAUGUAUCUCCAAGAACAUACAGGUCUUCAAGAUUUCAUAAUAGGGUUUCUGAAUGCGGUUGGCCAGCGAGACGUGCUCCAAAUCUUCAAAACCUUUAUAGCAUUUGCAAGAACAUGCAUUUAUGGCUGAAGCAAGAUCAGAAAAAUGUUUGCAUUGUGCACUGCCUUGAUGGAAGAGCAGCUUCUGCUGUCGUAGUUUGUUCUUUCCUGUGCUUCUGUCAUCUCUUCACUACUGCUGAGGCUGCAGUUUAUAUGUUCAGUAUGAAACGCUGUCCACCUGGCAUUUGGCCUUCUCACAAAAGAUAUAUAGAGUACAUGUGUGACAUGAUGGCAGAAGAACCCAUUAUUCCUCACAGUAAGCCGAUCCUCAUCAAAUCAAUCGUCAUGACUCCAGUACCUCUAUUCAGCAAGCAACGCAAUGGCUGUCGGCCUUUUUGUGAAGUUUACGUUGGGGAUGAAAGAGUGACUACUACCUCACAGGAAUAUGACAAAAUGAAAGAGUUUAAAACUGAAGAUGGCAAAGCAGUAAUCCCCCUGGGGAUAACAGUGCAAGGAGAUGUUCUCAUUGUGAUCUAUCAUGCCAGGUCAACCUUAGGAGGCAGACUCCAAGCAAAGAUGGCUUCAAUGAAGAUGUUCCAGAUUCAGUUCCAUACAGGUUUUGUGCCCCGAAAUGCCACCACAGUGAAAUUUGCCAAGUAUGAUUUGGAUGCUUGUGACAUUCAAGAGAAGUACCCUGACUUAUUUCAAGUAAAUCUGGAAGUGGAGGUGGAGCCUAAGGACAGACCUAGUAGUGAACGAGCACCAUGGGAUAACUUGAACAUAAGGGGACUCAAUCCAAAGAUCCUUUUCUCCAGCCGGGAGGAACAACAAGAAAUUUUAUCGAAAUUUGGUAAACCUGAGCUACCUAGACAACCAGGUUCAACAGCACAGUAUGAAGCAGAAGUAUCCAAAUUGGAACAAUCUUCAGAAAACAUAUCUACGGAGCCAGACUCUUCACACAGCAGCAGCACUGAGACAAAUAACUUCUUCCACACUUUGGACUGGCAAGAAGGAAAAGGUCCAGAGACUGGAAUCAUGGACCACUUAUCCAAAGACAGUCAUCUGGAACUAACUGAUGACAGGGUUGAGAGUGAGCCUUCGGAUGAUGAGUUUGCUACAGUUCCUAAUGAAGGGAUGGUGGUGUUAACUGAAGAAAAACCCACUUCGACAGAAGAUUUACUUUUUGAAGCCAGUUUUGAAUCUCCCGCUACCCAACCUCAAGAAUCUCUUCCAGAAGAGAAAGUGGAUUUACUGGGGCUAGACUCUGAUGUUCCCCAAGAACAGAAUCCUCCUGCCUCAGAGAUGAGCUCUUCAUCUAGCAAUGCAGACCUACUGAACAAUUUGUUGGUGGAUGGCACACCUCAGGCUUCAGAAGAACCUACUGGGGACCUUCUGGGACAAGGGGAAGACUUCUUUUUCAGCAGUCAGUCUCAUCCCUCUGUCAGUGCCCAGAGUACAUCUUCAACAGCAGUGGUGUCUUCUGCAGCUGAUCCGUUUGACCCAUUCAAAAUGUCAUCAGGUUCUGAAAAUCCAACCCUGACUGGCCCCGAUCUCUUUGGCGACUUCCUUAAUCCAAAUGCAGCAUCCUCAUCCCGUACAUUUCCCUCCACACACAGCGCACCACCUCCUUCUUCUAGUUCAGACUUCUUAAAUUUAGGAAAUCUGACACCAGAGCCAGCUAAGAUAACUUCCUCUGCAAGUCACCCAGACCUUUUGGGUGGAUGGGACUCCUGGGCUGAUUCCUCAGCUGCUGCCAGUGUGGCUUCACAACAACCAAAGAAGUCUGCAUUUGAAGGCCAAGCUCUUACUACAGGAAGCCAGUCAAGUGUGUCUUCAGGUCUAUCUCUCACCCAAGCACAAUCUCAAAAUUUUGACCCUUUUGCUGACCUGGCUAACCUUAGAUCUGGUCUUCCAGGUUCUUCCAGUGGCAGUUUCUCACCUGGUGGAUUUGCUCAGAAGUCUGCUCCUUCUCAGAAACCAGGCAGUGGUCAGUGGCAAAAGAACAAGCCACAAACUACUGGUACUUCAUGGCAGCCCCAGGCUAAACCCAGUGCCCAGGCUAAGCCCAACUAUACAGUGAACUUCAGUGUUAUUGGAGGGCGUGAAGAAAGAGGUAUUAGAACUCCUUGUUUUGGACAAAAGCCAAAAGUUUCAGAAAAUGAUUUUGAGGAUCUGUUGUCCAAUCAAGGAUUUUCAUCUAAAUCAGAUAGAAAAGGACCAAAGACCAUUGCUGAAAUGAGAAAGCAAGAAAUGUCCAAAGAUAUGGAUCCCCUAAAAUUAAAGAUUCUAGAAUGGAUUGAGGGAAAGGAGAGAAAUAUAAGGGCUCUGAUAUCCACUCUUCACACAGUUCUUUGGGAAGGUGAGAAUAGGUGGAAGCCAGUGAGCAUAGCUGAUCUAGUUACCCCUGAACAAGUAAAGAAGUACUACAGGAGAGCAGUACUUGUAGUUCAUCCAGAUAAGGCCACAGGACAGCCUUAUGAACAGUAUGCCAAAAUGAUCUUCAUGGAGUUGAGUGAUGCAUGGUCAGAGUUUGAAAACCAAGGAUCAAAAUCCCUUUUCUAAAAGUUCACCUUGCUGUGAUUUUCAAAACGUAUUUGCUACAGAAUGGAGUCCAGCGCUGGUAGUCUGACCUUACCGUCUCUGGGAUUUAGGAAAGAUUUUGUUCUGUAUGAUGUCAGCAGUGUGUGAAAUCAUACACUUUAAAUAUGAAGAUGCAUUUUAUAAAAUGUAGAGUUUAAAGCAUUACAUAUAUGCACUAAAAAACCCCAGCUGUUCAGUUCUUCAAAAUCAUAGCCUGGAAGUCGAGAUUUUCAUUCAGUUUUAAAUAUGGUAAAACAAAUUUUAAUGAUGCCCACUGAGAUUUGAUGUUGGUAUCCAAGAAUAAGACAUUCCAAACCCAGUGAUUUUUUUGUUUUCUUAGAAAAUAAGAGACGACCUCAAUUUAUGGUUCUGUUACUUUCAGUAGUUCUUGUGAUUUGAGUUUGAUGCUUGCCUGUCGCCUUACUCCAAGUGCUUUAGCUCUAUCACAGUGAAUUUGCUCAGCAUAUCUUUUCUUGAAUCUAUGUGAGGUGUACAUUUUCAUCUGUAUUUUGUGUACUCAAUCUGAUGAUCAUUCUGUAAAUAAUUAAAAUAUUUUCUGAUAAUACCUGUGUUCCUUACAAUGAAUUGACAGUUACUUAGCCAAAAAGUUCCCAGUUGUGGGAAAGCCUGCCAGGGUGGUUCUUGACUUUUUUUUUUCAUAUCAUGAAUUUGGAAAUAUAUCUUGGCUUUAAUAUAAGGACUGCAUGUUCUGUUUUUUUGUUAUUUAUUAUGAAUUUUUGGAAGGUAAUACUGUGUGAUUUAGUGCUUAUUUUCCUAAUCCUAUGAAUUGUAUGGUUUGCUUGUCUUUUUUUUUUUUUUUCAGUGGAAUGUGCCUUCCAUUGGUUUUAUAAAUACUGUAAUAGAAAAAUAGUGUCAUUUAUUCUGAAACUUGAAUUGUGAGCACAAAACAGUUUACUCUGAUUUUGUCUGUUUUAACUGAGUAAAUGUUACAUCAUUAGCUGUCCUUGGAAAGCAUUUACUGUGCUUCCAGAUUCCUUUUGUGGCAUGUUGAGUAGUUCAUUGAUUUCUUUUUUUUUUUUUUUUUUAAGUGCAUGGAUAUCUGUGUGUACAAAAAAACAAACACCCCUGGUGUAUAGUGUAUCUCAUGCCUGAUGUACACUGUACACUGGCUAGUACAAGACUUGUAGAGAACCUAGCUUGGGAACAAAACUUGCUGCAUUAUUUAUCAUCCCUUUUAUGAAACUCAGUUAAAUGUUAAUUCUUCAGUAAUGUUGGGAUAAUCGAUUACAAAUUAUUAACACCUAUUAUACAGCAUUGUACAACUCCAGACAGCAAAUCUCACCUCUGACACGUUUGCAAAAGGUUUUCUGAAUGUAAUAUUUAGGUUUGGUGGCAGUUCUUGAAACUAACACUGUUGCUUUUACCAUCAAAGUAACUAUAAAGGUAUUUUUUAUCACUUUGCCAUGGUCUUCCUUUUUGGUGGUUAACUGAGAGAAGCUGUGGCAAAGUCAAAAGUUGUACUCUUUCACUGAGUAGUGUCCAAACAAAAAAAGCUAGUCAAACCCCCCAAAGUGAAUGACAUUACAUAAAAUGAGCUUUUCCACUGCCAAAUCCACAUCGCAGCAAGGGGAUAGAGAUGAUUUAUGGACACUUUUUUCAACUCAGAUAUAGCUCAGUUAGUUGUCACCUUUGUGUAUGUGUAUACUCAACUACUGUUAAGUUUUUAACUAGAGGAAAGGUCCGAGGUUAUUGGAUUCUUACCUGUAGCACAACUCGAAAGCAGACUUCAUUUAAUUGAAUUGCUAGCUUAUGAAAGUAUAUCUGCCUCCCCUGUGGUCUGAUACAAGCUAGCAUUUGGGUACAUCAUAGUUUUAAAUGGGAGGCCUGCUUUCAUGACGGGCCUCUACAUAGGGCAGAAAUGUUAACAAUAGAAGGACUCUUACACCACCUAAUUGCAGGUUUGUAAAGUGCAGGACAAAAGGUAGGCAGAUGCAAGGCUCUGCGAUGAUUGAUAUCUGGGUUGCACUUUGAUAUGAAAUAAGGAGACAUCGAUCAUAGGAUUGAUAUGAAAUAAACAAUGCAGUACCAAACAGUGCUGCUUUCUUAAGAGAAGGAAGGAAUCCUUAUGCUCAGCAUGCAUUCCAGGGCAUUUGAGGACCUAUGUAUCUUUUUAAAGGGACACAAUAAAAUGUGGGGUAUUUAAAGAUGUUGAUAGAAGUGAAAACUCAAAUUGUGACAACUGGAAAACAAACUUUCACUAAUUUCACUAAUCUUUUUGUUUGUUUUAAAUUAUCUUUGAGUGUUUGAUAGCACUUUAUGUGCAGUUGGUUUCACCUGCUUUGCUCACACAGCAUUUUGGAUAGGUGUUUAUGGCAUUGAGAGUUAGCCGUCAGGUUUUCUUCCCUUUCAGAAGAAUUGAUACAGUAACUUGAACACAUACAGGAACAGAAGCACACAUCAUUUUAAAAUGUACCUAGAUUUCAAGUCUAGUGUUCCCGUAAAGUUACAGAGAAUUAGGGAGUAUAGUUGUGGAUUUUUAUGAAUGAGCAAUUCUGAAACUGAAGAUCUGGUAAAGCAAGGGAGUGUUGAGGCAGAGGUGGGAAAUAAAUCGUAUUAGUUUUUCCACCUUCAAUUGUUAUAUUGUAUUGCAGAGAAUUAAUCACCACAAGCAUUGGAUGAAAUGAUUCUGGGGUAGGGAAUGAUCUAGCAAAAUAAGGUACAGAACAGAUAAAAAUGAAUUAGUGAUUCUUACCAGGGAAACUUGCUUUUUAAUUAUUAUUGGAUACAAGAUAUGUACAGAAGUUUUUAAAUUUCACUUAAAACCGCCUUAAAAACCUUCUAAGCUGUAUCUCUUAGGGUCUCAAGGAAGAACAUUUCAGAUGACAAUUGCUCUGACCACUGACCUGAAACACUUAUUGAAGUUGUUUGCUUCAGAAGAGAACACGGUGAUUAAAACCACGUAAGGAAGAGUGCAGUGAUGCCUACAUAAUGGUAAAGGCUCAGAUUUCAUGUGCAGUUACUUAUCUGGAAAGGUUAAAUGCUUAUAUGAAACUCAUUAGCAAAUUACAGGUAGACAUCUUAAUAGAAGGGGAACAUUUCAGCUACUUUUAAUGAAAAGGACCAGCAUGGCCUAGCAAAUCCAGUGAGAGUUUCUUAAGAUGUAAUGAAAGGCAGUUGGCUGUUGAGCAUGAUAUGUAGCAAUGCCUGUCUGACUGGUUUUUCAUGUCAUCCAAACCAUCACCCUUGUCUCAGCACCUCCCUAUCCAUAACAAGAAGCUGAAAGAAGUUUAGUAUAGGGCAGGGUGCAAAUUGGUUCAUGAGCUAAGAUUUACUGGAUGUGAAGUGUGAGGGGGAGGAAGAAGUGGGGUAGGGGGUCAAGUUUUGCACUUUAGUCUGAUUUUAUAUUUUUAAAUAAACUUUACCCAUCUAUAAUCCACAUGGAAAUGCAGUUGCCCAGGAGAUCCAUGGCAGCAGGGUCAGGAAGAGCAUCUGGUGGAUACAGGUUCAUAGAGUAACCUUACAUUAGUGUGGUCCAGCUGUGCUCUUGGCCUAUACACUUUUAAAGUGAAGCAAUUCAGUAAGUGGCCUUCAUCUUCAAAGGAAUGGAGGCCUGUGGUUCUGAAGGAGGCUAGCAGGGUUUGGUUAGGUGAUGUCUUUAAUAUCAGGCUAUGUUCACUUAAAUAACCCAACAGAGAGAGGCAACAGGGAAAUAAUUAGAUCUGCAGUUUUCCCAUCUUGGUAGGCAAGCUCACUGAAUGCUGUGGUCCAUUCAGGCAUUAAGAAUGCAACAUACCCACCCUCCAGCAAUGUCGUGUCAUCCUCCUCAGCUAUGCUCUCCAUUCAUACUGCAAGUGGCUUCUUCUGACUGUACUGGAGGGCCUGCUGAGUCCUCUGUCAUAUGCAGAGUGGCUGUAGCAGAAUAAAGUGGUCAGGGAUUCAACUCUUACUAAAUUCAGGAGUGUGAGAUUUAAAUGAUGAAAAAAUGGCCCAUGGGCAGUGGCAGUAGGGAACCUGGGAGCAGCAUUUACUAGGUUUUAUCAUUUAUCCAUGGCCACAUGUUUUAUGGACUAUUUAUUUUCAAGUAAAAUAUGGACACUCAGACUUGUACGAGAAGCAGUGUUUACCCUUAGGAUAGCACUAUGUAAACCUGUUCCCUUCAGCCUUUGAACCCUGAUCCACAGCCUCUUGAAUUGAGAUGAAUUAAUAUCAUGUGAGAGUUGAGCAUCUUUACAAAUAAAAGGAAAACAGCUCUUCUGCAAAGGCUUGAAAGUUUAAAUGGAGUGGAUGGACUGUGCCAAAUGGAAAAAAGCAAGUAAGUGAGAAGAUGUAGCCCACGGCAGAUCUAUGAGCUUCUGACUACUAAUGAGAUCAAGCGGCAGAAGGAACAUCUUGUUCUCUGCACAGCUUGGGGAGGAGUAAAUGCAAGAUGUCAUUCCCAGGUCUUAGCUGUGUUGUACCUUAGUGCACUCCAUCCCCUUUUUCUUUUUAAUUCUUGGUUUGCAUAAGAGCAGGUUCCAAAUCUGGGAAGUAUUAAUUGCAAGGGCUGUAGUUAAAUUGAUUGGGAGAUGCAGUGCUGCUUGAUUAACCAACUCAUCACAUCGGCUGUGUGGGUUUUGAAGCACACUGAACAAGUGCAUUUUAUCUUUUUGCCUGUUAACUAACUGCCUAUUUAAAGUGACCUCCAGCAUAGGUUGCUGGAGUAGCUAGACCUUCCCUUAUUGAUUCCACUGUUUCUCUCCCUUUUUUCCCCUCUUAGCAUUUCAUGCUAAUGCCUUUUAGUCUUUCAGGUAAAUAAAAUGGUUGUCAAUCAAAAAUCCAUAGAUUUUAAGUUCUCUGUUCAUAGAAGUGUCUGUAGUGCACUGCUAUCAAAAUCUGCAGACUUAAAAACAACAACAAAAACAACAAAAAAAACGAACCCACACACAAACCCCCUCCCUCCCCCCCCCCCCCCCCCCCCCAGCAAAUUUGAAGGGAGCAAUGGCUUUUGGGAUUUGAAACAAAUAACUGUUGCCUUGGAAGUGAGAGAUCCAUAGGAGAAAAGUCGGAAUUAAACUUGCCUUAUGCUACCAUAAGAAAACAGGGGUCAAGAGUAAAAUAUUGAACCUAUGCACACACAGGUGUGUCCCCAAGGGUGUGGAGUUCAAAAUGAUUCAGUGCAUGUUGAGCAUCAUCUGCAAAAGGAAAAAUGAAGUAGUACCACUUGACAGGCUGCUUGUGUGGUGAAGGGAGGGAAGAAGUAAUCUGCCUUUCUUUAACUUUCAAGUAUGUCAGAUAUGUCAAGUUUGACCUUGCAUGGUUUUUGUAGAAUACAGUAUAUUUACAUUUUCACCCCCUGGUAACCAUAUUAAAUUGUUAACAAAUCUCUUCUUCCAAGCAGGUAUUUAGAUACAGACUUAAGUAGGUGAACCAAGGAACAGUUGCAUAAAAAAGUUCCAUCUGUUUUCCCACGUUGACAACAAGUUAAAUUGACACCUCAGAGAUAGAUUCUUCCAGCAAAAAGGAGGUAGGCAAGACCUAGACUCAUCGUAAUUCAAACUGAUCAGCCUGAGGAGUAGCCAGGAACACUUUCAAGCCUGUUUUAUUCAUCUGCAGGACUGGCAGAUUUUCCUUUGCACCUUAUUUAAGAAAAAAGAAUGAACUGCCAUUGUUUUAAUGCUUACUAGCUAGAUGUCUUGGUUACCUCAGUCAUUCCCUGUCUAGGUAGUGUGUGUUUUAAAAUUCUUACCACAAGCAGAAUGUGAGUUCUUUUCCAAAUGCAGAAUGUGCUUGCUUACUGCUCUGUGCUAAGGAUUAAUGUUUUGCACAAAUAAGUAGGGCCUGACUCACUGAGAUGCUGAAAUCCCCACUCCAUUUAAAGUUGUUGGGAUGACUGAAUGCUCAGUGUCUCAAGAUCAAGCUUUUGCUUUCUCCCCCCACCCUCCCCAGCCUAUGGCAAUAUAGGUCUAUGUUAUCAGUAACCAUCACUUCAUUUGCUGCUCCUGAAAAGUAUUUCAGGGUUCUUAUGAGUGGUUACUUAUUCAUCUUUUUAGCACCGUACUUAAUUUUCCAGAUAUAGCUGCAUCAUGAAUACUUUAAUAUUGUAAAUAGUUGAAUCCAUAAAAUUCUGCCCUGCAUCUUUUUAAAGGGUUGACCAAUCCUUUUCUGUCAACAUUGUGCAAGUAGUAAUCUGCCAGAAUACAAGAGCAGACAAGUUUCCACAGUUUCAGCCUUCUCCAGUGCAGAAUUCUUUUAAUUACCAGAGAUACAGUAUUUGGAGGAUGUUUAGUUUAUGGUCAUAAGGUACUGAAAAUAGUAUACUGAAAUCAGCAGAACGUAAGUGAGCUAUGGUUCUCAUCUUUGUGGAUCUUGUUAAAUUUGCUUAUCCCUUGCUGUGGCUAAGCUUAUUGCCAGGCCGGUGGUUAUACUGCUCUGGAUGUUAAAACCAACACUCCAGAAAUAAAAAAGAAACUGUUUUAUGAAGGAUGCAUUUUGAGAACAGCUUUUUGAUAGUAUUACAAAAGCAGGAUCGAGAGGCAUUGUAAGCACUUCUAGAAACUUUGUUAGUUGUAUGUACUGUAUAUUUGCAAUUUAGUGUUCUGGAAGUGAAUGUCUAAGUGGUGAAGAUCUAGCACAAUGAGAUACUUCCUGUAAUUUCAUGUAGUUGCUCUGUUGUACUUUCUAUAUUUGUGACUUCCUUCAGAGAGUGGAAGGACAGAAGGGAAAUUUGAGCCUUAUUUUUGGCAUAGUUCAUCAGGAAAUGCAAUGUACUGAAGAAUUUUGCUACUAGUGAAAUGAAAAUCUUUACAUGUAUGUAUAUAAAGGAAGCAUAGUUUAAAAUUUUAAACCUUGUAAACAAAUUAAUAGAUUAAUAUUUGGCACAGUGUCCUCAAACAAACAAGAUUUUGCUUUGAAAUGUAUCAGUUUAAUCAGUGAUCAAUUAAAACAAAUCAAACAA